AUGUGUGACAGACAAAAGAGGCGAGGAGGGGAGGGCAGGUGUGAGGAGGGAUGGACGACGUGGCAGUCGCGAAGAGGUGAGUCUCUGGCGGCCCUUGCGCGACGCGUGCUGGAUGGUGCUGACGAGGUCGGCGCUGGUGGCGUGGAGCUGCCGGCGACGUGCGGCGGCGGCGGCGCUGGGCUGCGUGUGCGCGGGUUCGUGGUGGACGCGCGGACGCGUGGGGUGCCUGUGCGGAGCGCUGCUGCGCUGCGCGAUGCGCUCGCGGCGCCUGCGCAGACGCUGUCGCUGGAGGACUUCCGCGCCGUUGCUGUUGGGCCGUCGGAGCGCGACGUGGUGCUUGUGGUGUCGCGCGAGGACGCGGACGCGAAGGCGGUGCACUGGGUGAACGGCGCGUCUGAGAGUGACCUGCUCGUGACGUACCCGCUACCUGUGGAGGCGUACGAGGACAUGGGCGCGGAGGUGCGGUGCUCGAUGUUGUAG